AAGACCCCAGUCUGAACGAUGUGGUAGACUUAAUCAAAAACAAAUUGGAGCAUGGCCUGAAGUUCGGUAACAAGCAGGCGCAGAAGCGCGCCAUUGACCACCUGCAAAAGACCAGAAACGAGCUCAAGGUCAAGUGCGAGUUUGGCGGUGAGAAGAGAGUUCUCUCAGUGCCGCGCCCGGUGCAGUUUGCAGAUCUGUGCCGUAGAUUACAAGACAUGUACCAGAUGAUGUUGAAUAUCUUCUACACACAGAGCAAUGGCGAG